AUGGAAGAAGAAUACACCGCCCUCGCCUCCCUCAUCCAGCGCCGCGCCGCCGCGCACCCAAAACCGCGCUUCCUCGUCGCUGUCGCAGGCGCGCCUGGAUCCGGCAAGACAACGCUCGCUGGCGAGGUCGUGAGCCGAUUACACACAUCUUCCAAAUCAUCGUCAGCGGCACUGCUCUCCAUGGACGGAUUCCAUCUUCCGCGAUCCACGUUGGACGCACUGCCCAAUCGCGAGGAAGCGUAUGUGCGGCGCGGCGCGCCGUUUACAUUUGAUUUGGAUGCGUUUUUGCCAUUUAUGCAGGGGGUACGUGACUGGGCUGAUACAUCGUCACAAGAGAGUAUAUCUGCGCCGUCUUUUUCGCAUACAACCAAAGACCCCGUGCCGUCCGGCACGUGUAUCCCAGCAGAGACAAAAAUUUUGAUUAUUGAGGGGAAUUAUCUUUUGCUCGACGAGCCGGGAUGGAGUCAGGUGUCGACGCUGGUGGAUAUGCGCGUGCUGAUAUCUGUGGAUUUGGCGAGUACGAGAGAGCGUGUGGCGCGCCGGCAUGUGCGUGCGGGUAUUGAGAAGACGCUUGACGAUGCGUAUCGGCGUGUGGAUUCGAAUGAUGCGUUGAAUGGGCAGUUGGUGCAGGAGAAGGUAGUUGGGGGGGUUGAUAUGGUAGUGCAUUCGGUGGAUAUACAGACUUGA